AUGGGUCUCGAUUUUUUGUUUACCAUGGUACAAUGGGCAAAUGCGAGUGGUCAACCUGCAAUGUUCGAUGCUGUAUCUACACGGUUUUCUGUUAAUGAUACUAUAGAAACAUUGGCUUACAAUAUGUUUAUUGAAACAUGGCUCAGCAAUGCAUCAUAUGAGAUGUUUUUCAAUGCUUGUGAACCGAAACAGUGUACUUAUACAUAUCAUUAUCGAUUUGAUGCUCUAGAAGUCUUAACAACAUUUCUAAGUAUAUUGGGUGGUCUAUCUGUUGGAUUACGCUUUUUUAUACCUCAUUUCUUUCAAGUUAUUCGAAACAUAAUCAAUCGAUUUCAUAUGAGGCCAGUAAAAUGA